AUGCCGAGUUUAGCCGCUAAAUUACACCUAAAAAAUAUUCAAAAAGUUCUUUCCAUGGCCCUAUCCGAAGGCAAAACUUCUCCUGAGAAAAUUAAUUACAUUGCUUAUACCGAAAAGCCGGGACUAAUUAUUUGCUUACAAAUUGGCAAAAUAGUUGCCGAAACCUUUUCUCUCUACUUAAACAAACCCCUUAUUCCCGUUAAUCAUUUAGAAGGACAUAUUUAUGCUACUUUGGCGCUAAUUAUCAGUGGCGGUCAUACCCAAAUUUACCAACUAAAUAAUCAUUUGGAAUUUACUCUACUUGGAGAAACUCUUGACGAUGCGAUUGGUGAAUGUUUGGAUAAGUCGGCUAUUCUACUAGGUUAUAAUUAUCCGGGUGGCCCAAUUAUCGAAAAACUUGCUUUGAAAGGGAAAAAUAAUUACAAAUUGCCUUUUCCCAAAAAUGAUGAAAGUCUCGAUUUCAGUUUUAGCGGCUUAAAAAGUGAAAUUAGUCG